AUGAGAGCUAUAGGGGCCACACUCCUCGGACUGGCAGUGGCCGUCCAGGCUCAGCAACCGCUGUAUGCCCAAUGUGGUGGGAAUGGUUGGACGGGCUCGACCCAAUGUGUGGCUGGUGCAUGCUGCAGCUCUAUCAACGCCUGGUACUAUCAAUGCCUUUCUGGCAACUGCAUGCCCAGCACGACCAUGACAACCACCGCUACACGCACAACCUCGACAAGCACAUCCGGCGCUACAGGAAGCCUGCCCACCAGUUUCAAAUGGAGCUCGACCAAUGCUCUGGUUGGUCCCAAGAACGACGGCCGCAACCUCGCGGGAAUCAAGGACCCCUCUAUCAUAGAGGUUGACGGCACAUAUCAUGUUUUCGCUAGCACUGCUCAGGCAUCAGGCUAUAAUCUGGUGAUACCGCGCUGCCCCCAGGUCUUCUACUUCCAGCCGCAGCAGGCGUGGUACCUGAUCUUCCAGAAUGGGAAUGCUGCCUACUCCACAAACAAGGAUAUUAGCAAUCCUGCUGGGUGGAGUGCUCCCAAGAACUUCUUUAGCAGCGUUCCUAGCAUCAUCACUCAGAAUAUCGGGAAUGGCUACUGGGUGGAUAUGUGGGUUAUCUGCGACUCCUCCAAUUGCUACCUCUUCUCUUCUGAUGACAACGGCCACCUCUACCGCUCCCAGACCACACUGAGCAACUUUCCCAACGGCAUGGGCAACACCGUCAUUGCACUCUCUGACUCGAAUCCCAACAAUCUCUUCGAAGCUUCCAAUGUAUACCGCGUGGGAAAUCAGUACCUUCUCAUCGUUGAAGCCAUCGGGAGCGAUGGGAAUCGGUACUUCCGGUCAUGGACAGCACCGUCUCUCACGGGUACAUGGACUGGACUUGCGAACACUGAAGCCAAUCCCUUCGCGCGUUGGAAUAAUGUGGUCUUCUCGGGAACUUCCUGGACCAAGAGCAUCAGCCAUGGCGAGAUGGUGCGCUCGCAGGUAGACCAAACCAUGACUAUCAGCCCGUGCAAGCUCCGCUACCUCUACCAAGGUCUGAGUCCGACGGCGUCGGGUGAUUAUAACUCUCUUCCGUGGAAGCUGGCUCUGCUUACGCAGACCAAUUCUGCGUGUUAG